GGUUGGGCUGGGUUCAGAUAAAUCACGUUUGGGAAAAUUUUUAAGGCCAGGGGUUGGGUUUGCAAGGGUUCAGUGAGGGUUGGAGAAGGUUAGUCUUUAACUUAAAAAACAAAUAUUUUUAACACCCCAAAUCGGGGUGUAGGUGAACCGAAGCUCUACAGCAGAUCGCGCUUUCUCGCUCUCUCUCCGACAGCACACUGAAGCACGUUUAAUUGAAAAUGUCGACAAGGAUUCUGGUGCAGUCUGAGUUAAGUCUAGUACGAAAUUUUGGUGAUAAAAAAUUUCAGCAUUUGGAGUUUCACAUUGUGGAUCUAGAGGAGGAUGAAGUUCAUCUCAAUAUCUCGCGUCCUCUGUUUGCUUGUUCUGGACUUCAUACAUUGUUGCAUUUGGGUGAGUUGGUCUAUAUGUUUGGCGGCUGUAAAACUUCAAAAGUGAUCACUGAUAUUGACUCGUGUGUAUCCGAAAACCCCACGGAUACCUUUUACACGGGCUCGGCGCUGUUGCGAUUAACCAGUGACGACUCAGGGGAGUGGUGCAAAAAUCCAAAGCCAAUUUUCGGACCCCUUUUUGCCAAUGCUACUUGCCUUGGUGGAAAGAUCUAUGACAUGGGAUUCUGGCACCUUUGUCCACAGCUGUUUAAUCCCGCCACUGAUUCGUGGGAGGACAUCACUUUACCUUCUGAAUUACAAGGUUGCACCGUGUCUCUGUUUGUGCUCCCAGACCCUUCUAACGAUCGUAUCAUCCUUCACUUGGAAAAGGGCUCCCUUUCUUCACCUUCCAUCUGUGCUUACUAUCCUAACUCUGAUGAAUGGAAACGUAUUGUUUCUGAUUUUCCAGGCUGCGCCUGGGAUCCAGUCUCUGCAGUUGCUGAUGAUGUGGUCUACUUUAAUUAUGACAAAUGCCACACUCUCGUUGCUGCUUAUGAUUUGAAAAACCUCAAGUGGUUGGACGUGCAUCUGUCGCAUAAUGUUGUUAAUGGUUGUUACAUAAUACGUGAAAACUAUAAAAAUUUGAUGUACUUAGGUGACAACUCCUUCUGCUUGGCCGUUCCCUCCAAUCAAUCCUCGUCUAUUCGAUGUGCUGAAAGGUGCCUUGUUCUUUUCGUCAAGUUUAGAGUUGAGCGGAGAGGUUCAGUCAUUAAUAUUGUUCCCCUGUUGGCUCGCAGCUUCAUCUUUCCACGCACUUCUUACGUGUGUAACAUGGUCGCUCUUAGAAAAUAAAGAAUUCUCAUAAUAGAAGGAAUGGAGCAAAAAGUGCAUUAUUUGAAGUGAUUUCUAGCAAAAUUCGGAUUUUGGGAUUAAUUGUGUUGUGUUCAUUGUUUUGAUCAUAGCCGGAGUUCUGUAAGUCCGUUUUGGACCCGUAAACAGCCGUUGGAAAGCUUGCGAGAAGACCUUUAAUUCAAGUAAGGUUUCAGAAUUUAUUGACAUUCCAAUCAGCCCAGAAUAUGGCCAGAAGCAGAAAGUCCGAAUUUUCUACUUUGAACUCCUAUUCUAUUUGAGAAACUUAUUUGUAGUAUUUAUUUUAUUCAAAAUAUAGUAUAGGUAAAAUAGAUCAGUUAUUGUUUUGUUUUCUAAUGGGCUUGGGAGUUACAUGGGCCAAGAGACACAAAAACAUCACAGGAGAGAAGUUACAAAAAUUAGACAAUAGACACAGGAGAGAGAUACAGGAAGAAGUUGCACGCAAGAGAGCAAGGAGGAAGAAAGCAAUUGGAAGAGACAAAUAUAGAGUUUUUCUUCUCUUCUUUACCUUUCUUAAUUGUAACAUGGAUUUGAUGUCUUUAUACUUGUGUUUAGUUCUUAGUAGUGUGAUGUUGAACUAAUUUCUCUUAUAGGCCUUUAAUGGAUUCUUUUGAUUAUAUAUAAGUUGUUUCUUCAUUUCUCUA